AUGUCUAUGAAGUCUGCUCUUAAGGGCUCAGCCCUCGCCUUGUUCGCUGCCUCUGUGGUUGAGGCCUCUCCUUUGGAGGCCCGGGCUUGCAACGGAAACAACCUGCUGAACCGCUUCAGAGAUGCCCGCUACACCAGCCAGGCUAUCGCCUUCUGCGAGACUUACAUCCACUCAGUCGUCUACUCGACUGUUACCGUUACCACCGACGCAGCGGCCAUCCCCACGAGCCUGGACAUGCCCCCUUUUUCCACCGUCUACCCCUCUCCCCUGAUCACCACCUCGUAUGAGCCUGCCAAGCUGUCCAGCGCCUGCAGCUGCAUCAACGUCCCGCUCAUCACCCAGCCAGUGACCACCUAUGUCACUCCCGUCAUCACUAGCACUUCUACCUCUUCCUCUUCGUCUUAUUCUUCGUCUUCGUCUUCGCCUUCCUCUUCCUCCACUGAGGAUGCGGGCACUACCUCCACCAGCUCUGAGGUCACCACUUCUUCCUCCACUGAGGCUGCGGGCACUACUUCCACCAGCUCUGAGAUCACCACUUCUUCCUUCACUGAGGCUGCGGGCACUACUUCUACCAGCUCUGAGAUCACCACUUCUUCCUUCACUGAGGCUGCUACUAGCACCUCAUCUGAGACCACUACUUCAACGAGCUCCACGGCUGCCACUUCCACCACUGCCGCUCCCACCGGACCCUCUUCUCUCGGCUGCUGGAGCGAGCCUGCCUCUGGCCGUGCUCUGUCUGAGCGGUACUGGAAUUCCGACAUGACCGUCGGGCUUUGCGCUUCUCUCUGCGAUGGCUAUACCUUCUACGGCGUUGAGUAUGGUUCUGAGUGCUACUGCGGCAAUGAGCUUGCUUCGGACGCCUUCCCCGUUGACUCUAGCCUCUGCGAUGCUAGAUGCUCUGGCAACUCCGCUGAGAUUUGCGGUGGACGCAUGCUACUGAGCCUGUACGAGAACGGCGACUCGGGUGUCCUGCCCACCCCCGGCGGCCCCUUCGACUUUGAGUACGUCGGCUGCUACUCCGAGCCCGACGGCUCCAAGCUCCUGACCACCUCGUAUGCCUCCUCCAAGAUGACCCACGAGAUGUGCUUCUACCUAUGCGGCAACCUCGGCUACACCUAUGCUGGUCUCGAGUACGGCCAGGAGUGCUGGUGCGGCAACAACUUUGAUGACCUAACCCCGCCCCUGGCCGACGACAGGUGCAGCAUGCCCUGCGCUGGUGACGCCACCGAGACCUGCGGCAACGGCAACACCCUGCAGCUGUACGCCCAAUCCACUCGCCAGAUUUCUCGCAACUAG